AUGACAGGGAUUGACGUUUUGGGUUUGAAAGAACCAAACCCUAGUGUUUCAUACAAAGCGUCGUAUGCGCACCCUUACGCAUCGUCGAUUUCCUCCGCAUCAUCCUCUUCGUCAUCGGUGUUCUCUCUCGAUAGAGUGUCCUCCCACGGAUCCAUCUCUUCCGCCUCGACGAACCCGGUUGAUGUCAUCUGGGAAAAUGACGGUGAGUACCAAACAGCAGGAAGGGGACUGGGCCCUUCGCGUGCAUCCUUGAGGGGUAACGCUGUGAAGGCUGUGGAUGUGGCCGUUCCUCCGGAAUUGCGUAAGCACCCGCGGCGUACCAACAGCGGUAUCCAGUCCAACGGCGUGUCCUGCGCGCGGCCUCCGCCCUGUCUGCUGCGUCAGUCGGAGCGUAAAGUGAACUUUGUCGACAACCUCGUCGCUGAAGAUUUGUAUCAAGACACCGCGUCGCAGAUCGUCGAGACCAUCUGGCCCUUGUCCGCCGUAGCGCUCCGAAGUGAUUCAACUACAGGCUGCAAAGGUGUUUUGCCUCUGCGCACCUUUAUCCAGGAGACGCUCCGCCGGUCCCGGACCAGUUACAGCACGUUGCAAGUGGCGUUGUACUAUUUGAUCAAGAUCAAGCCACACGUGCCCAGUCCCGAUUUGGCCCAUGACCAGACUCGGAGUAAGUCCGUCUGUCGGGCUAUGCAGUGUGGUCGACGCAUGUUCCUUGCCGCCCUGAUCCUUGCCUCCAAAUACCUCCAGGACCGAAACUACUCCGCCCGCGCUUGGAGCAAAAUCUCUGGUUUGAAUACACUUGAGAUCAACCAGAACGAGUUGAUGUUUCUGCAAGCAGUGGAUUGGAAACUACACAUCACCGAAGCCCUUUUCCAGCGGUGGACUGAUAUUGUGUUGAAGUAUACUCCUGGUGCUGGUGGCAUGCCUGGCGAAGGCCAGACUUGGCAGACAGUCAUUCCAAGACUUACUCCUGAGUUGGAAGAAAUCGACAUGGAGCCGAUGACUCCUACAAGCAUGGAGGGUUCUGAUUCCGGGUCGAUGGCAGGCUCUCCGUCUCCUCGUGGUACCACCAUGGGAGGCUCUUUCCUCCCUACUUUCGCGAGCGAACCCUCCACCAUCCCGUCGGAGGUGCCUGUUCUUAAGCGGACUCCUACAGCUCUUGAGCAAGCCGCUCGGGCUGACAGCUUCAAUGUAUCCCUUCCGUCGUUGCCACGGCUUCCUACGCUGCCUACUCCGCAGCUGACGCCCCAGUCGAGCAUGGCCUCCACUCCUGCUGCGAGUGCUGGCUCCUUCUCAUCUCACCGGCGCUAUUUCUGCGCUGCCAUGUCCCAGGCGCAAAACAUGUGCAUGGCGCGGUCGACUCUCGACCAGCGCCCGUCACUUCCGUUUUGCCCUAAGACUGGCUCGUUCGAUGGCUACCCGACUAUAGUACGCCGGUCUUCUUUGGCUCGCUCGACCUCCUCUGCGUCUUCGCCAGAUUCGAUGGUUUCGGAUGUCUCGACUCUGUCUGCCAACUCGUCUCGGUCCUCUUCGAUGUCUUCGACUACAUCGGGUCCUGCCCUGCCUCGUCUGGCUAUUCAGGCUACUCUGAGAUCUACUAACAACUCGAUGAAGGAGACCCGGAAGGCCGUUACUAUUGCGUCCCCCAUCGAUGAGAGUUCCUACAAUGACAUUUAUCAGUCUCCCGAAAGCUUUACUGGCCCUACUGGACACGUUUCGGAGCUGUCUAAAUUCUCCUUGGGAACCCCUGUUGAUAUGACAUCCGCUCAUGAGGCUGCCCAGAGCCUUUGUGCAUUGUCUGGUUCCGCUCCUCGUGCUACCCAGACGAGUCAACAAAGUGGAAACCAGCGCCAGUGUCGGAAACGCGGUCGCGCCGGAUCAGACGAUUUCGCGUUGCAGAACCACGUCCGUCACUUGGUGCACUCCAAUACCAUCAGUCAAGGCACUGUGUUGCCUGAUGGAAACAUGACUGAUCUGUUCCUGAACGCUGGGCCUAAGCGCACUCAAUCUCUCACGGCUGCCCAACUACACGCUCUUAAUUACAACGUUCCACUUUCUGGACCGGCAGGCAUGAAGCGUGCGUGUUGUGGCAGUGAAGCGAGAAAGAUUGCACUGAAUCCAAGCAUGCGUGCGGACUACCUGGGUUAG